AUUCCUCUCUAUUGCUUGACCUCCCUGCUCUGCAAACGGCUGCUGGAUCCGGGACUAGCAGCAAGGAGUUCGAUUCAUUCAUUCCUGCGUGCCUGCUUCUGCUGCUGAAGAGGCUGCUAUCUUCUACCACCUACACAGCCUCAGGAAAAGAAAGGGACCUCAAACCUCCCAAAUCGCUUUCUCUCCUAGGAAACUAUUGAGCACAGGAAUAAAGAUGGCUGCCGAACCAGUAGAAGACAAUUGCAUCAGCUUUGUGGAAAUGAAAUUUAUUGACAAUACACUUUACUUUGUAGCUGAAAAUGAUGAAAACCUGGAAUCAGAUUACUUUGGCAAGCUCGAACCUAGAUUCUCGAUCAUACGAAAUUUGAAUAACCAAGUUCUCUUCAUUUACGAGGGAAACACAGCUGUGUUUGAAGAUAUGCCUGAUUCUGACUGUACAGAUAAUGCACCCCAGACCGAAUUUAUCAUAUAUAUGUAUAAAGACAGCCUCACUAGAGGUCUGGCGGUAGCCAUCUGUGUGAAGUGUAAUAAAAUUUCUACUCUCUCCUGUGACAACAAAAUUAUUUCCUUUAAGGAAAUGAAUCCUCCUGAUAAUAUUAAUGAGGAAGGAAAUGACAUCAUAUUCUUUAAGAGAAGUGUCCCAGGACAUACGGAUAAAAUACAAUUUGAGUCUUCAUUGUACAAAGGAUACUUUCUAGCUUGUAAAAAAGAGAAUGACCUUUUCAAACUCAUUUUGAAAGAAAAGGACAAAUAUGGGGAUGAAUCUGUAAUGUUCACUGUUCAAGAACUAGAUUAAAAUUGCAUAAUUUGA